AUCUAUUCCACUUCACACGAGACAACCAAAAACCAACAAACAUUCAUCUAACUCAAAUACACUCUCUUUAACUUGUUAGCAACCAUGGGGACUGAUUCAAUUUACCGGCGGUCGCCAUUUUACGGCUGUAUGUCACCGUCAUGUAUUCCGGUGCACGAAGAAUAUUCGCGUAUAAACGAGUGUCGCCGGGGAGGACGUGGCAGCUAUGGGAAAACAUGGAGAAAGAUGCUGAAGAAAUUGGUGAAUGAAGGGAAGAAUGUGUAUGGAAAAAAGAAUUUGACGUUUCGCUAUGAUGCAGUUAGUUACUCGCAGAAUUUCGAUGAAGGAUGUAAUAAAGAUGAUUAUCCUAUACGUCAUCACCAAGUGUUCACAGAUUUCAGAAUUACUAAUGUACGAUUUUGCUAUUGUGGACUUGUUGCUGAUCUUAAGAUGUACAAGACACCAAUAAAUCUUGGAAGAAGGUUUUGGGGCUGCCAAAGAUAUGCAAGUGAUAAUGAAUAUGGCUAUUUUCGAUGGGUUGAUCCGGCUGAUCCAAUAUGCCAAGAACAAUACGACAUACUAAUGAACUCUACAAGUGUUGGUAGGGAAGGCAUGGAAGGUCGACUUGCUGCAUUGUUGCCACAGUUAUGGUUAUUGUUCUUUGGUUCCUUAUCUUUUGUAUGUAAGAUUGGUUUUCUAGUUCAGUUGUUUAGGCUUGUUAUUUUCAGUUGGAAAGUGCGCUGCCCGAGUUUGUCCUCCACCAAACACAAUAUCUCGGGGACACAGUUGUUUACUAAUUCUCUUUAUGAUACGAUGAGAGUACAGAAGGCGAGAUUUUAG